AAGCUGCUAACGUCCCCUUUUGAAAGAGUGCAGCCCUGUUCAUUACUGAAACUCAAGAGACGACAAAAGAGGACCGAAAUAUGCUCUCUACAGGCGGGACACGGGUUUAUUUUCGUUGAGUCAGAGAUAGUUUCUGGGUUUGACUGCGCUGAAGUUUGAGACAAACUAAAAGGAAGACAAAAAAACAGCAACAAGUCGGGCAGGUGGUAGAGCACACGUUGACCAGGAGAACCGGAUCACAACAAGACUCACCAUCCAGAUCUUCCAGACUCACCUGAGCCAGAUCAGAAAGAUUAACCAUGUCGGUGGAGAGUUACUCUGCGCUGGAUGAGUCCUCUCUGCGAGCCCUGCUGGAUGGAACUGUGGAUCUGGACGAGAGGCGCCUCAUCCGUUCAGCCAUCCGAGAUCUGAGGAGGAGGGAGAUCGAAGACAUGGAGGCCGCUCUGGCCAGCAAGAGAUUUCGACCCACACGCCUCAAACAGCAGGAGGACAAGGAGAAUCAGCACAGGUCUGAAUCCAGUGACAACUUGGACGUCCUGUCACGAAAACUGCAAUCAAUCCAGGACAUUGAUGAGCUCACAAAAAUGCUCCGCGCUGCCGGCGAGUAUGAGGAGAGGAAGAUGAUCAGAGCAGCCAUCAGACAAGUCCGAGAUGAACAGCAGCAAGGGACUGUGGAGCGGGGUAAAGCUCUGGGUCGCUGCGGGGAGCCUGAGAGUGGGGAGCCCCAGAGCACCAUGGGAACUGGGGAGUCAGAGCGGGAGAGUCACAGUGAGCGCGUCAGAUCUCAGAUCCGGGAGUUACGCGAACAGCAGACACAGCAAAGCAGAGAGCUGCAGAGAAAAGGCUCCAACUCAGGCAUGGUGCUGGUUCUGGAUCACCUGGUGAAGGACGAGGGUCCCGGACCUCUGCUGAUAGAGCCUCAGAGAGAGGCCGGGACCACAGAGCCUGAUCUGGUCCUGUCUCACCGUCAAAGGUCUGACUCCUCAGCUUCAGACCGCAGUGGGACCCCUGUGCUCUCCAGGUCCAAUCUGGAUCCUGUGGCCUCAGAUAAGAACCAGGGCUUGGCCUUCAGAGCCAGGCUGGACUCCGGAGCUUCAGACAGGAGCCAGAGUCCCUCCCAGCGCGUUCGCCUAGACUCUGGGGCAUCAGAGCGAAGCGUCAGCUCCCUGUCCUACAUCAGACAGAGACUGGGCUCAGAUGUCUCCGACUCUGGCGUCAGACCCCGUCUGGGCUCUGGGGCUUCAGACAGCGUUGGUGUUUUAUCAAGGAAACGGAGUGACUCGGGGACGUCUGACCAGAGUGUGAGCCUGUCCUCUGAGGAGAGAGGUCCAGCAGAAGAGCUGGAGGUCGCCACGAGUGGCUCAACUUGCAGCACAGAUUCAGAAACCGAGAGCAGAGGCCAAGGUCCAGCCAGCAUCCAGGCUCAGUCCGACCAAGACCCCAUCAUUGAGCAGGACCAGCCAGACGGAGCUGUUAUAUCUCGCAGAGAUCCUGCAAAUGGCCUGCUCAACGGCAGCGUCAAGGGAAAAAUCGACUUCCAGAAACAAAAGAGCGAUCUGCCCCUCACUCAUGGAAAAGCAAAGGAUUCUGCACCUGAGAAAAAAGAUGUUAUAUUGGAAAAAUUCAACCGCACCAACUCUGUGCGUGAUCGAAUGCGCAAGUUCACAGAAUCCACCCAGAGCCCAAGCGUCCCGGCUUUUAAGAGAGUUCCUCUGAGGAACGGGACCACCUCCGGCAGCAGCGGCCAGACGAAUCUCUCCAGAGCCACUGAGCUGUUUACACACACAGCAGCAGCAGCAGCAUCCCUCAGCACAUCUGGAGACAGGCCAGCAAGGCCACGUGUGGACUCUACGUCUCACACCUCCGCCGCAUCCCAGAGUCAGGCCACACCUCAACCAAGAGGCGGGCCCAACAAACCUCUGUCCUCAGCUGGCCAAUGGCAGAACUCCAUGGGAGGGACAAGACAUCCAGCUGAAAAAGAUGAGCAUGCCUCCAGCAACUCAAAGGAAGACGGGACCCCAGGGAGAGCAGCUGGACAGCAGGUCACCCAAGGAGAGGCAGACCCGGACAUGAAGACUUUCCUCACCAUUGAGAUCAAGGAUGGGCGCACCACCAGCUCCUCCACAUCCUCUUCCAGGACCAACAUCGUGCCCAUCACCAACAUGACCCCACGCAUCACCAGUAAUGCUCUGGGACAGAGGGCAGAGUUGACCCUUGGCCUCAGAGCCACACCGUUCAAGAUCUCUUCCUCCAGCCUCUCCUCCGGAUCCUCCAUCAAGAUGGAGACAGAGCCCAUUGUGGCCUCUGAGCCGGUGUUUUCAGCUGGACCGUCUGCCCAGAUGGUGUGUCACGUCCCGGCCAUCCCCAACGGCUCCAGCUCUCAGGCCAAACCAGAAGAGCGCUCCGGAAAACUGACUGCCGAACAGCUGGCUGCUAUCGAGGACGAAGAGCUCCUUGACAAAAUGCUCGAUGAGUCGAAAGACUUUGAGGAGAGGAAGAUGAUCCGUGCAGCCAUGAGAGACCUUCGCAAGAGAAAGAGAGAGGUCAUGCUGGGAUGUACUCAGGAGGAAAUAGACCAGAGAGAAAAGGAGCGCGAGACCCGUCUGCAGGAGCUCCGGCAACAGAGGGAAGAGCGAACACAGAAAGGCCGCGCUGGGGUCGGAGCAGGAGAGGUGGUGAUGAGGAAGGUGGAGAAGUCGGCGGAUGGCUCCAGCCACAGCCAAGUCACCAAGACAGACCGCUUCGCUACAUCUGAUGAUGGGAGCAGAUCGACACGGAGCACUGUUGUUGAGGCCAGUUAUGUGCAAAAAACAGACAGAGGUACAGUCCAGUCAAAGUCAUACAGUUUUAGCUCUUCCACAUCCUCCUCCUCCUCCAACACAAGCAAAAAAGUGGGCAGUGUGUUUGAUCGCGAAGAUGACACAUCGUCUCGCAGUGGUAGCAGCGGGCUGGCUGCAGUGGAGCGAAGGCAGGCGGAAAGGCGCAAGGAGCUGAUGAGGGCUCAGACUCUGCCCAAGACCUCUGCCAUGCAGGCGCGCAAAGCCAUGAUAGAGAAGCUGGAGAAGGAGGGAGGCGGCCCUGGAAAUCAAGCAGUCGCCAAGGUAAACAAGGUCCAGCGUUCCACCAGCUUUGGUGUACCAAACGCAAACUCCAUCAAGCAGAUGCUGCUCGACUGGUGCCGCGCCAAGACCCGCUCGUAUGAGCAUGUGGACAUUCAGAACUUUUCAUCCAGCUGGAGUAACGGCAUGGCAUUUUGUGCCCUGGUGCACAAUUUUUUCCCUGAAUCCUUCGACUACAGCUCUCUCAGCCCGAGCAACCGCAGGCAAAACUUUGAGGUGGCCUUCAGCACUGCAGAGACGUAUGCCAACUGCAUGCCUUUGCUGGAAGUGGAGGACAUGAUGAUCAUGGGUAAUAAACCCGACUCCAAAUGCGUCUUCACCUAUGUACAGUCUCUGGUCAACCACCUGCGCAGAUACGAGAUGUCCAUGGGUCGGCCCUGUGACCUCUGACCUGUGCUCAGUGAGCGGUCAGCCUCCCUCUCCUUUCACCUGCCCCUCCCCCUCCCCAGCUCCAUCUCCACCUGAUGACCGCCUCCACACUGUCAGGCUGCGUCACAGAGUCGCUCAUCUCUGAUGGACACACUGGGGAUUGUGUGUGUUUGUGUGUGUGUUUGUGUGUCAGUUUGCUUAUUAUUUUGGCAGUGGUGAUGUGUAUUAAUUAUUUAAUUAACACAAAGUCUGACUUUCUCCAGCAAGAGAGCGCCAAAGUUUUUAUAAGACAACAUUUUAAGCUUUAAAAUUUUACCUCUUUUUUUCUUACUCAGCUUUGUACCAGGUCAUAAUUAACAUGUAGUAGCUAUGUCACCGCACUAGUGUACUGAAAACACAUCGAGAGAGAAGAGAAAUAUUUUUUACAGUAUUUCCCCUUUUAAGUUAUUUAUAGCUACAAUUUUCUCUACUACACUUUUGUAAUUAAUGUCAUUUGCUAGCAUUGCUGUUGGAUAUCCCGCAGAAGAACAACAAUACCCAACUUUACGAUGAAUUAUUUGGUUUUCAUUUCGGUACUUUUUAAUUUUUUCCAAACUCUGGCUGCUGGAAGUAUUUUAAUUAAGUUAUUACUAUUCUCAUGUUGUUAUUAAUUAUCAUAUUAGUAUUUAAUACAUGAGCACAGGGAUGUUCUUUCCUUAUUUUUCAUUAUGAGUAAUCUCACCUUUCUGAACUCUACAGUGCUACUGAGACGUGUUUCAGAUUAUUAUAUUAUUUUAACAGCAGAAAUGCAUGCAGUCAAACACGUUUUUAUUCAGGUAGAAAGAAAACAAGGGGUGUGUUAUAGUCUGAUAUCAUAGAGCUGAAAUGUAUCAUUACUUGAUGUUUUUUACUGCUUGACUGACAGCACAUGAGCUGUCAUCAUCUACCAGCAUCACUGACUCGCCCUGCAAACACACUCACACACAGCUCUGUUAGAGGGCUCCUUAUUUAUGCUUGAGUAGAUUUUUUUUUUGAAAAUAUAUUAUUUUUUAUUUUGUUAGUGUGUACAUUAUGCUUUUAAAAGUUCAAGCUAUCACUUUGUUUUGUUAAAACUAAUUGGGGUCACUUUUUGGAUGAGUUAAUGGGCCCGACGAAAGCCGGCUUUCUGUUUAAACAUGAGUAAUCAUGACUGAACAUAACUACCAACUGUAUAUUUUACAACUUGAAGCUAAGGAAAAUUUUUAAAUGAAGAUUUUUAUUGUAAAAAUUAAGAUUCCUUUGAGAAGAUGUUGAAAAUCUGAUCGUUUCGGAGCUGAUUGAUGGUAGUUAUCUCUUAAAGCUCUCUUUGAGUAGAUUUAGAGAAAUUAUUUGAGAAUUAUUUCACCGCUGCCAGCUGAAAAACAAACAAAUACCUUCCACGGAGCAGCGAGUGCUGUACAUAAGAGCUUAAACACAUUGUAAUUUCACGUUUCUGUGCACCACAGUUAAAUGUGAAUAAAAUCAAAUCCAUUUGAGAAA